AUGGCGGAUGACCAACACAGUUAUGCGGCGACGACUCAGAAUCACAACAACGCGACCACGACCCCAGACAAUGACGAUGCCACUACGUCCCGGGACGACAACCACACAGCGACAGUGCAGGCUGGCAUGCAACCACAUCAAGAACGAGGCCACCCAUGGACGGCGCAAGCUGGGAUGGAUGCGGGGGAUGGUCUCUUUCGUGUUGCAGAAGCUGAGCCCAGAACCACAACUACGAGGGGCGAGGGACUAGCACGAAGCAAAGGCCACAACAAUGGACGACAGCCCAGGGCCACGGACAAUGAUAGUACGAUGGGUAGACAAUACCACUUUUGGCUGCAUGGGAAUCUCGGUGAGAGUGUGUUUAGGCGGUAUGAGUCACUGUGUGACGAGAAAAUAGCCAAAGUCAGGAAAUCUGGCGCGGCGCGCGCCAGACUCCAACGUAUUUCCACUCGAGGUAUGGCUUACAUACAUGAGUAG